AUGUCCAGCUGGCAAGACAUCUGCCACUUCAAGCGCGAGCUGCAAGCCGGAAACAUCCCAUUCACUUGGCGGUUGAAGUCACUCCCUGACGACUACAAAUCCUCUAUCCCAAUCGUCGAAAGCUGUGGUAUUCUGAGCGACGAGGAACUCGAGCUCACAAACACCGAUGCAUCAAUUUUGGUGCCAAAGCUUCAGACCGGAGAACUGACAGCUGUCAAAGUCGUCACUGCAUUCUGCAAAAGAGCUGCCGUGUUGCAGCAAUUGACAAAAUGCUGUACGGAGCUCAUGUUUGGCGAUGCUUUGGAGACUGCCGAAAAAUUGGAUGAAGAGUUUGCUCGCACUGGAAAGACGAUUGGGCCUCUGCAUGGUUUACCCAUAUCUUUGAAGGAUUGUUGUGAGGUGGAAGGCUAUGAUGCUUGUGUUGGCUGGGCGGGUUUGUGCUUCAAGCCUGCAGAGCAGCAUAGUGUGUCUACCAUUGCUCAGGCUGUGAGACUGGGAGCUGUGUUGUAUGUCAAGACUAAUGUGCCGCAGAGCAUGAUGAUGUCGGAUAGCUACAAUCAUGUCUUUGGACAGAGCGUCAAUUCUCUGCAUCGUGGACUAGUCUCAGGUGGCUCAUCGGGUGGAGAGGGAGCACUGGUGGGUGGACGUGGCUCAGUCAUCGGUAUUGGAACAGACAUUGGAGGCUCCAUUCGUAUCCCAGCUGCUCUGCAAGGUAUCUAUGGUCUUUGCCCGUCUGCUUUCAGAGUAUCGUGGCGGAGAGCAGCCAACCACCAGGAAUAUCUGAUUCCCUCUGUGGCCGGACCUCUAACCUGGUCUCUGGACUCACUCAAGACAUAUAUGGAAGCCUACUGCUCGAGCAGCCCCUGGCAAAUCGACCCUAGCAUUCCACCCAUCCCCUGGCGAACAGAACUUACCAAGCUCCCGGCCAGUGAGAAGCUCAAACUCGGCUUCAUCCACGAUGAUGGAUACGUGCUACCCCAGCCGUCCAUCCAGCGAGCAAUGAACCAUGUCCGCAAACUCUUCACCGAAGCUGGACACGAAUGCAUCGACUGGGACGCAUCCUCACAAUCAACAUCCUACUACGAGCUCUGGGAACCAGCCAUCCUGGCCGACGGAGGCGAAGGCUGCAAAGCCGCCAGCAAUCUCUCAGAUCCACCUCAACCACUCAUCGAAGGCAUGCUAGUCGGCAAGCCCGAGCACAAGCUCGAUGUACCGCAACGACAAGCUCUGGCUUGCAAGAUUCUAGAGUACAAACAGAUGUAUGCUGAGAAGAUGCUCGAGUCAGGUGUUGAUGCCAUUAUUGCGCCAGUGUUGCCUUGGGUGGGAUACAAGCCCAAGCAAUGGGUUGUCAGCAAUCAAUAUGUUGGAUACAGUGCUCAUUGGAAUUUGCUCGACUACUCUGCAUUGGCUGUGCCGACUGGAGUCGUUGUAGACAAGGAGUUAGAUAGUGCUGAAGCUUGUGCUGGCUGGAAGGAGUAUUCGCCAAAGAACAAGAGUGACGAGUUCAAUCACUCGCAGUACGAUUUGGACCUGGUGGAAGGCAUGCCAAUUGGCGUGCAACUCGUAACUGGACACUACGGCGAGGAGAAAGCAAUCAUGAUAGCAGAAGUCCUGGAAGAGUUGCGCAAGAGUUCGUAA